AUGGUCUGGAAUAAAGUGUUGCAUAAGAUUACACAGAACCAACUAAACUUUUGUGGAAAAAGAUACAUGGUUUCAUUAUACAAAAGAGGAAAAUGUAACAACGUACCAUAUAUAAAUAAAAGUGUUUUUUUAAAAAAGUAUAAUGAACAUAAAAGAACUUACCUACAUUUCGCUCGCACAUUACCAGAAGAUUAUGAAUUACCUUUAGAUACCUUCCCUGAAAAUAUUCAUGAAAUUUUAAUGAAAGAUAAGAAAUCAUUGGAUUUUAUUCAAAGCUAUUGGUAUUGGAAAAUAAGAAGUGAAAGUAAUUUGCUAAAUUAUGAAAAAUUAAUUAAAAAAUCUUACAAACAGCUAGCCAUUGAUAUGGGCAUGCAGAUUGCGAACUCGGAUAAUGAACAUAUGCUAGCCCUGCUUGAAUAUUACGAAUACCUGAAAUCAUCUCCAUUCGUAGGUCCCUUUGGUACCAUCGAAAACCCUGUACUUGUCCCGAGUGUUCAUGUAGAAAGAGUUGUUUGUUGCACAGGUGGUACGGGUGAAAAUGAGCACGUUCCACUUUUUUUUAGAUGUAGAGAAGGAUUUUUAUAUCGUUGUGGAGAAUGUGAUCAAAUUUUUAUGCAUGUUCGUGUGCUUUAUUCUUUAGACGAUGGUAAUGAUCCUUUUCCAAACGAUCCAGAUGUUGAUGAUGUUUUUGAUUUAAAUCUAAUUGAAGAGAAUAUGCAAUUAUAUAAUGAUGAUCAAUAUGUUAGGUGGCCUACAGGAAAUGUAACCUAUAGACAAAUGUUCUUGGAAGGAAAAUGGGGAAACCAAAAACCCAACACAUAG